UGGAACUUACACAGAGCCUAGACCAGAUCGGUCGUUCUGCCAUGGUUUGAGCUGUGGCCGGAUGGGGACUGGCAGGAGCUGGAACGGAUGGCGCAGUCACCUCACUAUGGUGGUAGGUUGCCUCACCGGCUUGGUGGCUGUGAUCUGGUGGGGGCGCGCCCCGGCACCUGAUCUGGUGCCGAAGCACAGCAGCCCGCAGUUUGACACCGCCAUCUCCUCCCUCGAGAAGGAGCCAAGGCGCGCCCCGGCACCUGAUCUGGUGCCGAAGCACAGCGGCCCGCAGUUUGACACCGCCAUCUCCUCCCUCGAGGAGCCAAGGCGUGGCGCCUCGAGCGCAUCCAGCGGCUUUCUGGAAACCAAAGAGCCUGAAGAGGCGCCGCCUCCGGAAGCGGAAAGCACGACUGCAGCGCUGGGCAGCCUGCAGCCUUGCAAGGCGAGCUAUCGGGAUCCAAGCUCUCGGCCUGGUAGGCCGUGCCUGCCGCAGGUUAGCGAAUGGCCCUACAAGAGCAACACGGCCUCCCGAACCCAGCUGGGAGAGCGAGCCUGGAUGGCGGCCACUGGCAAGGUGGCUGAAGUCGAGUGCGGUGGCUGGCACUUGUUCGGCGACAUGACCUGGUGCAAGCGAGCUCUGUCGAGCACCGCUGGCAGCGAGCAGAAGGAUGGGGCCGUCAUCGGGCUGUCCUACGGCAUCGAGCAGCGGGAUCUCUGGAGUGAGAUCGUUAGCAACGACUACAAAGUGCCUACAAGGCUCUACGACUGUUUUCAAAACCCAAAGGACUCGCCACCCUUGGGAAGGGAGGAUCUGCAGAAGGCAUCCUGCGCGGGCGCGCCGGGGCACUGCUACGAGACGCGGUACCAGUCUCACCGCAUUUGCCUGGGCGGUGCUGGCGCGGACAUCCCGGGCCAGCGCAAAUACGAAUCUUUGAGGCUGCACCUGAAAGACCGGCAGCGGCUCUCGGUCCAUCUCAAGAUCGACACGGAAGGUUCCGAAUGGGAAGAGCUCGAGUGGCUGCUCAGCUCGCCCAAGGACUUGGACAAGAUCCGGACCCUCGACAUGGAGGUGCAUUUGGGUUGGCGAGUGGAGUCCACCAGCGAAAGCCGCAAGAGGCUGUCCAACGAGGCAAGGAUCGCCCGGGACAUCGAAACCCUGGAGCGCCUGGGGCAAUACUUCCGUUGCACAGGCUCCUCCAUGGAGGUCUUGGCGGAGGAGUGGAUGGGUCAGCCAAACGGCGGGCGCUGCAAGCCCCAGAGUUGCGGCGAGCCUUUGGCGCACACAGCCACCGGCUUCCCAGUGAUACAGUUCGCCAUUAGCUGGGUCCACCCCGCGCUUCUGGCCUCGGCCCCGAUGGCGCUUGCGCCCAACACGAAGCCAAAGCCAGCGCCGAAGCCGGCGCUUUCCGGGCCGCCGGCGCCCGCGGCGCUGUCCGGGCCGGAGUCGCCACCCACCUGGUCUUGCAAAAGGUCCUUCACGGACGCAAGCUCGCGCCCUGGGAGGCCAUGCCUGCCAACGCCUGCGGAGUGGCCCUACAAGACCAAGCUGAAGUCCCCGGCGAAGCUGGGAGAGCGCGCGGUGGCGGCGGCCAUGGGUGAGGUCACGGAGAAGCAGUGCCAUAAGUGGCACCUCUUUGGGGACAUGACCUGGUGCAUGAAGGCCUUCAGCCACAGCGACCCCUCUGCGUUGAUAGGCCUGUCCUAUGGCAUCGAGCAGCGGGAUCUGUGGAGUGAGAGAGUGAGCCAACUCUUUAAGAUCCGCACCCGGCUCUACGACUGCUACCAGCGCCCGGAGGACUCCACUCCCUUGGGAGGUCGGGCGAUCAAUGCCAGCGGCGCCUGCACGGAGGAGGGGCCGCCUUGCUACGAGGCGCCCUACGAGCCCUACACCAUUUGCCUGGGCCCGGAGAGCCGACUGCUGGAGAGCCGGCGCUUCGAGUCGCUGCAGCUGCACUUGAGAAACCGGAAGCGCCUCUCGGUGCACUUGAAGAUCGACGUGGAAGGCUCGGAGUGGGAGGUGCUGGAGUGGUUGCUGUCAUCUCCAGAGAUUGACAAGAUUCGGACCCUGGAUAUGGAGGUGCACCUGGGCUUCUUGAGCGGCUCGGGCAAGGACUUCGCCCGGUCCUCCAUGAAGUCCAAGGAUCGCAUCGCCUACGACAUCGACAUCUUGGAGCGCUUGCGGCAGGUUCUGACCUGCACCGGGAGUUCCCUGGAAGUGCUGGCGGAGGGUUGGAUGAACGACGGCGAGGGCGGGAAGUGCGGCGGCAGGUGCCAGCAGCCAGAGGCCCACGCGGCGGGCGGCUUUCCAAUGACUCAGUUUGCCAUCAGUCUGGAGUUUCGUCCACCAACCACUUGUGAGGCGGUUCCCUUCUGAGAUUCAUAGCCAAAUGAGUGAAGGUUCCGCCUCUUGGAAAAUCCGUGAACCAAGGGUAUGGUCAUGGUGCCAACCCCUCACUAACAAGGCCUUCGCACAGCCCGGAGGGCUUAGCUACAACUGUGACACGUGCCUCGCCAUUUUCCUUCUUGGAUUUUUGUUUGCUUAUUUCUUAGGAAAGUCUGCUUUCUGGGAUGGGACUGGGACUUUUUGUCAGUUCUCGAUCUGUUGAUUCUUGAUCCUUGAUCGAGGGGCCCGCACACCGACCU